UCCACACCCCUGCCCCCUCAUGCCAUCCGCUCCCCCCGCCCCUACCCUCCGCGUGCCCGCUCCCUUGCCGCCUCUUUUGACCCUCCCUGCCCCCCCUCGCCGUUUCCCACCGCCCGCCAUUCGCUCCUCCCCGCCCGUGCGCUCCCCUCCUUUACCUUCUCCUCCCCCCUCCCCUCCUCUGCUGCACGCCUCUUCCUUCCCCUCGCCGACCCACUCCACUCCCUGCCCCUCCUCAAUCCGCACCCUGCCCCUCGUAUCUCGCCCCCCUAUGCUUGGUUUCUCCCCUCCCUAGCCCCUCGCCGCCUUUCCCCGCUCCCCACCUCCCCCCUCUCCCUGCCCCCCCCCCACUCUCCCCCCCCUUGUCCUUGGCUUCCUACCUCCCUGCCUCACCUUUCCCCCCUCCGUGUGCUCAGCUUCUCCCCUCCCUGCCCCUCCCUCCUCCCCGCCCUGCCCCUCAUUUUCCGCCCCCCCCCCCACGCCCGGUUUCUCCCCUCCCCCGCGCCUCCCUUUCUUUCUCCGUGCCUCUCCUUUGCUCCCUCCCUGCCCCCGCCUGCCCAUGCCCCUGUCCUUGGCUUCUCCCCUCCCUGCCCCACGUUUCUUCCCUCCCUGCCCCCCGUCUGCCCCUCCCUUGUUCUCCCCUCACCCAUUGCUUCUCUCCUCCCUGCCCUUGAUUUCCCACACCCCUGCCCUCGUUUCCUAUCAUCCAUGCCCCUCGUUUCCCCCCUUUGUACGUUCAGCCUCUUCCCUCCCUGCCCCUCCUUCCUCCCCCCCUGCCCUUUGCUCUCCCCUCGUUACGCUCCCUUCUCCCCAUCCCUGCUGCCCUCUUACCACCAUCAGCCCAUCCCCACGACCAGCCCCCCUCCCACCCUUCAAUCCCCCCCUCCCUCCUCUCUCUCUCUCUCUCUCUCUCUUUCUCUCACACACACACACACACGCACACUCCCCUCCCCCACCCCCCCCACCUACAUCCUCCCAUUCUGCCCCUCCCUGCCCCUUUCCCACCCCCUCGCACGCCCCUCACCUCCCACCUCCGUGCAACUGGUUUCCCCCCUAUGGUGCCACCCUUGCAUCGCUCGCCCCUCUGCUCACCCUCUGCCCGCCCCUUUUCCGUGCCCUCAGUUGGCCCAGCCCCUGCCCGUUGCUGCCCCUCCCCUUGCCCCCUCAACUCCCCUGCCCCCCGUACACCCCAAGUCCCAUCCAACCGCCCCCACCCUCCCCCGGCUGCCCGUUUCCGCUCUCCACCCCCGCGACCGUGUGCGGCUUCCAACCGCCCAACGGUGUCACACCCCCUGCCCCCUCAUGCCAUCCGCUCCCCCCGCCCCUACCCUCCGCGUGCCCGCUCCCUUGCCGCCUCUUUUGACCCUCCCUGCCCCCCCUCGCCGUUUCCCACCGCCCGCCAUUCGCUCCUCCCCGCCCGUGCGCUCCCCUCCUUUACCUUCUCCUCCCCCCUCCCCUCCUCUGCUGCACGCCUCUUCCUUCCCCUCGCCGACCCACUCCACUCCCUGCCCCUCCUCAAUCCGCACCCUGCCCCUCGUAUCUCGCCCCCCUAUGCUUGGUUUCUCCCCUCCCUGCCCCUCGCCGCCUUUCCCCGCUCCCCACCUCCCCCCUCUCCCUGCCCCCCCACUCUCCCCCCCCCUUGUCCUUGGCUUCCUACCUCCCUGCCUCACCUUUCCCCCCUCCGUGUGCUCAGCUUCUCCCCUCCCUGCCCCUCCCUCCUCCCCGCCCUGCCCCUCAUUUUCCGCCCCCCCCCACGCCCGGUUUCUCCCCUCCCCGCGCCUCCCUUUCUUUCUCCGUGCCUCUCCUUUGCUCCCUCCCUGCCCCCGCCUGCCCAUGCCCCUGUCCUUGGCUUCUCCCCUCCCUGCCCCACGUUUCUUCCCUCCCUGCCCCCCGUCUGCCCCUCCCUUGUUCUCCCCUCACCCAUUGCUUCUCUCCUCCCUGCCCUUGAUUUCCCACACCCCUGCCCUCGUUUCCUAUCAUCCAUGCCCCUCGUUUCCCCCCUUUGUACGUUCAGCCUCUUCCCUCCCUGCCCCUCCCUUCCUCCCCCCCUGCCCUUUGCUCUCCCCUCGUUACGCUCCCUUCUCCCCAUCCCUGCUGCCCUCUUACCACCAUCAGCCCAUCCCCACGACCAGCCCCCCUCCCACCCUUCAAUCCCCCCCUCCCUCCCUCUCUCUCUCUCUCUCUCUUUCUCUCACACACACACACACGCACACUCCCCUCCCCCACCCCCCCCCACCUACAUCCUCCCAUUCUGCCCCUCCCUGCCCCUUUCCCACCCCCUCGCACGCCCCUCACCUCCCACCUCCGUGCAACUGGUUUCCCCCCUAUGGUGCCACCCUUGCAUCGCUCGCCCCUCUGCUCACCCUCUGCCCGCCCCUUUUCCGUGCCCUCAGUUGGCCCAGCCCCUGCCCGUUGCUGCCCCUCCCCUUGCCCCCUCAACUCCCCUGCCCCCCGUACACCCCAAGUCCCAUCCAACCGCCCCCACCCUCCCCCGGCUGCCCGUUUCCGCUCUCCACCCCCGCGACCGUGUGCGGCUUCCAACCGCCCAACGGUGGUGCGCACGGGGCUCACACCCCCUGCCCCCUCAUGCCAUCCGCUCCCCCCGCCCCUACCCUCCGCGUGCCCGCUCCCUUGCCGCCUCUUUUGACCCUCCCUGCCCCCCCUCGCCGUUUCCCACCGCCCGCCAUUCGCUCCUCCCCGCCCGUGCGCUCCCCUCCUUUACCUUCUCCUCCCCCCUCCCCUCCUCUGCUGCACGCCUCUUCCUUCCCCUCGCCGACCCACUCCACUCCCUGCCCCUCCUCAAUCCGCACCCUGCCCCUCGUAUCUCGCCCCCCUAUGCUUGCUUCUCCCCUCCCUGCCCCUCCCUCCUCCCCGCCCUGCCCCUCAUUUUCCGCCCCCCCCCCACGCCCGGUUUCUCCCCUCCCCGCGCCUCCCUUUCUUUCUCCGUGCCUCUCCUUUGCUCCCUCCCUGCCCCCGCCUGCCCAUGCCCCUGUCCUUGGCUUCUCCCCUCCCUGCCCCACGUUUCUUCCCUCCCUGCCCCCCGUCUGCCCCUCCCUUGUUCUCCCCUCACCCAUUGCUUCUCUCCUCCCUGCCCUUGAUUUCCCACACCCCUGCCCUCGUUUCCUAUCAUCCAUGCCCCUCGUUUCCCCCCUUUGUACGUUCAGCCUCUUCCCUCCCUGCCCCUCCCUUCCUCCCCCCCUGCCCUUUGCUCUCCCCUCGUUACGCUCCCUUCUCCCCAUCCCUGCUGCCCUCUUACCACCAUCAGCCCAUCCCCACGACCAGCCCCCCUCCCACCCUUCAAUCCCCCCCUCCCUCCCUCUCUCUCUCUCUCUCUCUUUCUCUCACACACACACACACGCACACUCCCCUCCCCCACCCCCCCCCACCUACAUCCUCCCAUUCUGCCCCUCCCUGCCCCUUUCCCACCCCCUCGCACGCCCCUCACCUCCCACCUCCGUGCAACUGCCCCUGCCCGUUGCUGCCCUCCCCUUGCCCCCUCAACUCCCCUGCCCCCCGUACACCCCAAGUCCCAUCCAACCGCCCCCACCCUCCCCCGGCUGCCCGUUUCCGCUCUCCACCCCCGCGACCGUGUGCGGCUUCCAACCGCCCAACGGUGGUGCGCACGGGGCUCACACCCCCUGCCCCCUCAUGCCAUCCGCUCCCCCCGCCCCUACCCUCCGCGUGCCCGCUCCCUUGCCGCCUCUUUUGACCCUCCCUGCCCCCCCUCGCCGUUUCCCACCGCCCGCCAUUCGCUCCUCCCCGCCCGUGCGCUCCCCUCCUUUACCUUCUCCUCCCCCCUCCCCUCCUCUGCUGCACGCCUCUUCCUUCCCCUCGCCGACCCACUCCACUCCCUGCCCCUCCUCAAUCCGCACCCUGCCCCUCGUAUCUCGCCCCCCUAUGCUUGGUUUCUCCCCUCCCUGCCCCUCGCCGCCUUUCCCCGCUCCCCACCUCCCCCCUCUCCCUGCCCCCCCCCACUCUCCCCCCCCUUGUCCUUGGCUUCCUACCUCCCUGCCUCACCUUUCCCCCCUCCGUGUGCUCAGCUUCUCCCCUCCCUGCCCCUCCCUCCUCCCCGCCCUGCCCCUCAUUUUCCGCCCCCCCCCACGCCCGGUUUCUCCCCUCCCCGCGCCUCCCUUUCUUUCUCCGUGCCUCUCCUUUGCUCCCUCCCUGCCCCCGCCUGCCCAUGCCCCUGUCCUUGGCUUCUCCCCUCCCUGCCCCACGUUUCUUCCCUCCCUGCCCCCCGUCUGCCCCUCCCUUGUUCUCCCCUCACCCAUUGCUUCUCUCCUCCCUGCCCUUGAUUUCCCACACCCCUGCCCUCGUUUCCUAUCAUCCAUGCCCCUCGUUUCCCCCCUUUGUACGUUCAGCCUCUUCCCUCCCUGCCCCUCCCUUCCUCCCCCCCUGCCCUUUGCUCUCCCCUCGUUACGCUCCCUUCUCCCCAUCCCUGCUGCCCUCUUACCACCAUCAGCCCAUCCCCACGACCAGCCCCCCUCCCACCCUUCAAUCCCCCCCUCCCUCCCUCUCUCUCUCUCUCUCUCUCUUUCUCUCACACACACACACACGCACACUCCCCUCCCCCACCCCCCCCACCUACAUCCUCCCAUUCUGCCCCUCCCUGCCCCUUUCCCACCCCCUCGCACGCCCCUCACCUCCCACCUCCGUGCAACUGGUUUCCCCCCUAUGGUGCCACCCUUGCAUCGCUCGCCCCUCUGCUCACCCUCUGCCCGCCCCUUUUCCGUGCCCUCAGUUGGCCCAGCCCCUGCCCGUUGCUGCCCCUCCCCUUGCCCCCUCAACUCCCCUGCCCCCCGUACACCCCAAGUCCCAUCCAACCGCCCCCACCCUCCCCCGGCUGCCCGUUUCCGCUCUCCACCCCCGCGACCGUGUGCGGCUUCCAACCGCCCAACGGUGGUGCGCACGGGGCGUUUCUUCGCACGGGCAAGCCUCCCCGGGGGCCCCCCACCCCGCUGGGUCGUUUCACACCCCCUGCCCCCUCAUGCCAUCCGCUCCCCCCGCCCCUACCCUCCGCGUGCCCGCUCCCUUGCCGCCUCUUUUGACCCUCCCUGCCCCCCCUCGCCGUUUCCCACCGCCCGCCAUUCGCUCCUCCCCGCCCGUGCGCUCCCCUCCUUUACCUUCUCCUCCCCCCUCCCCUCCUCUGCUGCACGCCUCUUCCUUCCCCUCGCCGACCCACUCCACUCCCUGCCCCUCCUCAAUCCGCACCCUGCCCCUCGUAUCUCGCCCCCCUAUGCUUGGUUUCUCCCCUCCCUGCCCCUCGCCGCCUUUCCCCGCUCCCCACCUCCCCCCUCUCCCUGCCCCCCCCACUCUCCCCCCCUUGUCCUUGGCUUCCUACCUCCCUGCCUCACCUUUCCCCCCUCCGUGUGCUCAGCUUCUCCCCUCCCUGCCCCUCCCUCCUCCCCGCCCUGCCCCUCAUUUUCCGCCCCCCCCCACGCCCGGUUUCUCCCCUCCCCGCGCCUCCCUUUCUUUCUCCGUGCCUCUCCUUUGCUCCCUCCCUGCCCCCGCCUGCCCAUGCCCCUGUCCUUGGCUUCUCCCCUCCCUGCCCCACGUUUCUUCCCUCCCUGCCCCCCGUCUGCCCCUCCCUUGUUCUCCCCUCACCCAUUGCUUCUCUCCUCCCUGCCCUUGAUUUCCCACACCCCUGCCCUCGUUUCCUAUCAUCCAUGCCCCUCGUUUCCCCCCUUUGUACGUUCAGCCUCUUCCCUCCCUGCCCCUCCCUUCCUCCCCCCCUGCCCUUUGCUCUCCCCUCGUUACGCUCCCUUCUCCCCAUCCCUGCUGCCCUCUUACCACCAUCAGCCCAUCCCCACGACCAGCCCCCCUCCCACCCUUCAAUCCCCCCCUCCCUCCCUCUCUCUCUCUCUCUCUCUCUUUCUCUCACACACACACACACGCACACUCCCCUCCCCCACCCCCCCCCACCUACAUCCUCCCAUUCUGCCCCUCCCUGCCCCUUUCCCACCCCCUCGCACGCCCCUCACCUCCCACCUCCGUGCAACUGGUUUCCCCCCUAUGGUGCCACCCUUGCAUCGCUCGCCCCUCUGCUCACCCUCUGCCCGCCCCUUUUCCGUGCCCUCAGUUGGCCCAGCCCCUGCCCGUUGCUGCCCCUCCCCUUGCCCCCUCAACUCCCCUGCCCCCCGUACACCCCAAGUCCCAUCCAACCGCCCCCACCCUCCCCCGGCUGCCCGUUUCCGCUCUCCACCCCCGCGACCGUGUGCGGCUUCCAACCGCCCAACGGUGGUGCGCACGGGGCGUUUCUUCGCACGGGCAAGCCUCCCCGGGGGCCCCCCACCCCGCUGGGUCGUUUCACACCCCCUGCCCCCUCAUGCCAUCCGCUCCCCCCGCCCCUACCCUCCGCGUGCCCGCUCCCUUGCCGCCUCUUUUGACCCUCCCUGCCCCCCCUCGCCGUUUCCCACCGCCCGCCAUUCGCUCCUCCCCGCCCGUGCGCUCCCCUCCUUUACCUUCUCCUCCCCCCUCCCCUCCUCUGCUGCACGCCUCUUCCUUCCCCUCGCCGACCCACUCCACUCCCUGCCCCUCCUCAAUCCGCACCCUGCCCCUCGUAUCUCGCCCCCCUAUGCUUGGUUUCUCCCCUCCCUGCCCCUCGCCGCCUUUCCCCGCUCCCCACCUCCCCCCUCUCCCUGCCCCCCCCCACUCUCCCCCCCCUUGUCCUUGGCUUCCUACCUCCCUGCCUCACCUUUCCCCCCUCCGUGUGCUCAGCUUCUCCCCUCCCUGCCCCUCCCUCCUCCCCGCCCUGCCCCUCAUUUUCCGCCCCCCCCCCACGCCCGGUUUCUCCCCUCCCCGCGCCUCCCUUUCUUUCUCCGUGCCUCUCCUUUGCUCCCUCCCUGCCCCCGCCUGCCCAUGCCCCUGUCCUUGGCUUCUCCCCUCCCUGCCCCACGUUUCUUCCCUCCCUGCCCCCCGUCUGCCCCUCCCUUGUUCUCCCCUCACCCAUUGCUUCUCUCCUCCCUGCCCUUGAUUUCCCACACCCCUGCCCUCGUUUCCUAUCAUCCAUGCCCCUCGUUUCCCCCCUUUGUACGUUCAGCCUCUUCCCUCCCUGCCCCUCCCUUCCUCCCCCCCUGCCCUUUGCUCUCCCCUCGUUACGCUCCCUUCUCCCCAUCCCUGCUGCCCUCUUACCACCAUCAGCCCAUCCCCACGACCAGCCCCCCUCCCACCCUUCAAUCCCCCCCUCCCUCCCUCUCUCUCUCUCUCUCUCUCUUUCUCUCACACACACACACACGCACACUCCCCUCCCCCACCCCCCCCACCUACAUCCUCCCAUUCUGCCCCUCCCUGCCCCUUUCCCACCCCCUCGCACGCCCCUCACCUCCCACCUCCGUGCAACUGGUUUCCCCCCUAUGGUGCCACCCUUGCAUCGCUCGCCCCUCUGCUCACCCUCUGCCCGCCCCUUUUCCGUGCCCUCAGUUGGCCCAGCCCCUGCCCGUUGCUGCCCCUCCCCUUGCCCCCUCAACUCCCCUGCCCCCCGUACACCCCAAGUCCCAUCCAACCGCCCCCACCCUCCCCCGGCUGCCCGUUUCCGCUCUCCACCCCCGCGACCGUGUGCGGCUUCCAACCGCCCAACGGUGUCACACCCCCUGCCCCCUCAUGCCAUCCGCUCCCCCCGCCCCUACCCUCCGCGUGCCCGCUCCCUUGCCGCCUCUUUUGACCCUCCCUGCCCCCCCUCGCCGUUUCCCACCGCCCGCCAUUCGCUCCUCCCCGCCCGUGCGCUCCCCUCCUUUACCUUCUCCUCCCCCCUCCCCUCCUCUGCUGCACGCCUCUUCCUUCCCCUCGCCGACCCACUCCACUCCCUGCCCCUCCUCAAUCCGCACCCUGCCCCUCGUAUCUCGCCCCCCUAUGCUUGCUUCUCCCCUCCCUGCCCCUCCCUCCUCCCCGCCCUGCCCCUCAUUUUCCGCCCCCCCCCCACGCCCGGUUUCUCCCCUCCCCGCGCCUCCCUUUCUUUCUCCGUGCCUCUCCUUUGCUCCCUCCCUGCCCCCGCCUGCCCAUGCCCCUGUCCUUGGCUUCUCCCCUCCCUGCCCCACGUUUCUUCCCUCCCUGCCCCCCGUCUGCCCCUCCCUUGUUCUCCCCUCACCCAUUGCUUCUCUCCUCCCUGCCCUUGAUUUCCCACACCCCUGCCCUCGUUUCCUAUCAUCCAUGCCCCUCGUUUCCCCCCUUUGUACGUUCAGCCUCUUCCCUCCCUGCCCCUCCCUUCCUCCCCCCCUGCCCUUUGCUCUCCCCUCGUUACGCUCCCUUCUCCCCAUCCCUGCUGCCCUCUUACCACCAUCAGCCCAUCCCCACGACCAGCCCCCCUCCCACCCUUCAAUCCCCCCCUCCCUCCCUCUCUCUCUCUCUCUCUCUUUCUCUCACACACACACACACGCACACUCCCCUCCCCCACCCCCCCCACCUACAUCCUCCCAUUCUGCCCCUCCCUGCCCCUUUCCCACCCCCUCGCACGCCCCUCACCUCCCACCUCCGUGCAACUGGUUUCCCCCCUAUGGUGCCACCCUUGCAUCGCUCGCCCCUCUGCUCACCCUCUGCCCGCCCCUUUUCCGUGCCCUCAGUUGGCCCAGCCCCUGCCCGUUGCUGCCCCUCCCCUUGCCCCCUCAACUCCCCUGCCCCCCGUACACCCCAAGUCCCAUCCAACCGCCCCCACCCUCCCCCGGCUGCCCGUUUCCGCUCUCCACCCCCGCGACCGUGUGCGGCUUCCAACCGCCCAACGGUGGUGCGCACGGGGCUCACACCCCCUGCCCCCUCAUGCCAUCCGCUCCCCCCGCCCCUACCCUCCGCGUGCCCGCUCCCUUGCCGCCUCUUUUGACCCUCCCUGCCCCCCCUCGCCGUUUCCCACCGCCCGCCAUUCGCUCCUCCCCGCCCGUGCGCUCCCCUCCUUUACCUUCUCCUCCCCCCUCCCCUCCUCUGCUGCACGCCUCUUCCUUCCCCUCGCCGACCCACUCCACUCCCUGCCCCUCCUCAAUCCGCACCCUGCCCCUCGUAUCUCGCCCCCCUAUGCUUGGUUUCUCCCCUCCCUGCCCCUCGCCGCCUUUCCCCGCUCCCCACCUCCCCCCUCUCCCUGCCCCCCCCACUCUCCCCCCCCUUGUCCUUGGCUUCCUACCUCCCUGCCUCACCUUUCCCCCCUCCGUGUGCUCAGCUUCUCCCCUCCCUGCCCCUCCCUCCUCCCCGCCCUGCCCCUCAUUUUCCGCCCCCCCCCCACGCCCGGUUUCUCCCCUCCCCGCGCCUCCCUUUCUUUCUCCGUGCCUCUCCUUUGCUCCCUCCCUGCCCCCGCCUGCCCAUGCCCCUGUCCUUGGCUUCUCCCCUCCCUGCCCCACGUUUCUUCCCUCCCUGCCCCCCGUCUGCCCCUCCCUUGUUCUCCCCUCACCCAUUGCUUCUCUCCUCCCUGCCCUUGAUUUCCCACACCCCUGCCCUCGUUUCCUAUCAUCCAUGCCCCUCGUUUCCCCCCUUUGUACGUUCAGCCUCUUCCCUCCCUGCCCCUCCCUUCCUCCCCCCCUGCCCUUUGCUCUCCCCUCGUUACGCUCCCUUCUCCCCAUCCCUGCUGCCCUCUUACCACCAUCAGCCCAUCCCCACGACCAGCCCCCCUCCCACCCUUCAAUCCCCCCCUCCCUCCCUCUCUCUCUCUCUCUCUCUUUCUCUCACACACACACACACGCACACUCCCCUCCCCCACCCCCCCCCACCUACAUCCUCCCAUUCUGCCCCUCCCUGCCCCUUUCCCACCCCCUCGCACGCCCCUCACCUCCCACCUCCGUGCAACUGGUUUCCCCCCUAUGGUGCCACCCUUGCAUCGCUCGCCCCUCUGCUCACCCUCUGCCCGCCCCUUUUCCGUGCCCUCAGUUGGCCCAGCCCCUGCCCGUUGCUGCCCCUCCCCUUGCCCCCUCAACUCCCCUGCCCCCCGUACACCCCAAGUCCCAUCCAACCGCCCCCACCCUCCCCCGGCUGCCCGUUUCCGCUCUCCACCCCCGCGACCGUGUGCGGCUUCCAACCGCCCAACGGUGUCACACCCCCUGCCCCCUCAUGCCAUCCGCUCCCCCCGCCCCUACCCUCCGCGUGCCCGCUCCCUUGCCGCCUCUUUUGACCCUCCCUGCCCCCCCUCGCCGUUUCCCACCGCCCGCCAUUCGCUCCUCCCCGCCCGUGCGCUCCCCUCCUUUACCUUCUCCUCCCCCCUCCCCUCCUCUGCUGCACGCCUCUUCCUUCCCCUCGCCGACCCACUCCACUCCCUGCCCCUCCUCAAUCCGCACCCUGCCCCUCGUAUCUCGCCCCCCUAUGCUUGGUUUCUCCCCUCCCUGCCCCUCGCCGCCUUUCCCCGCUCCCCACCUCCCCCCUCUCCCUGCCCCCCCCACUCUCCCCCCCCUUGUCCUUGGCUUCCUACCUCCCUGCCUCACCUUUCCCCCCUCCGUGUGCUCAGCUUCUCCCCUCCCUGCCCCUCCCUCCUCCCCGCCCUGCCCCUCAUUUUCCGCCCCCCCCCCACGCCCGGUUUCUCCCCUCCCCGCGCCUCCCUUUCUUUCUCCGUGCCUCUCCUUUGCUCCCUCCCUGCCCCCGCCUGCCCAUGCCCCUGUCCUUGGCUUCUCCCCUCCCUGCCCCACGUUUCUUCCCUCCCUGCCCCCCGUCUGCCCCUCCCUUGUUCUCCCCUCACCCAUUGCUUCUCUCCUCCCUGCCCUUGAUUUCCCACACCCCUGCCCUCGUUUCCUAUCAUCCAUGCCCCUCGUUUCCCCCCUUUGUACGUUCAGCCUCUUCCCUCCCUGCCCCUCCCUUCCUCCCCCCCUGCCCUUUGCUCUCCCCUCGUUACGCUCCCUUCUCCCCAUCCCUGCUGCCCUCUUACCACCAUCAGCCCAUCCCCACGACCAGCCCCCCUCCCACCCUUCAAUCCCCCCCUCCCUCCCUCUCUCUCUCUCUCUCUCUUUCUCUCACACACACACACACGCACACUCCCCUCCCCCACCCCCCCCCACCUACAUCCUCCCAUUCUGCCCCUCCCUGCCCCUUUCCCACCCCCUCGCACGCCCCUCACCUCCCACCUCCGUGCAACUGGUUUCCCCCCUAUGGUGCCACCCUUGCAUCGCUCGCCCCUCUGCUCACCCUCUGCCCGCCCCUUUUCCGUGCCCUCAGUUGGCCCAGCCCCUGCCCGUUGCUGCCCCUCCCCUUGCCCCCUCAACUCCCCUGCCCCCCGUACACCCCAAGUCCCAUCCAACCGCCCCCACCCUCCCCCGGCUGCCCGUUUCCGCUCUCCACCCCCGCGACCGUGUGCGGCUUCCAACCGCCCAACGGUGGUGCGCACGGGGCGUUUCUUCGCACGGGCAAGCCUCCCCGGGGGCCCCCCACCCCGCUGGGGUCGUUUCACACCCCCUGCCCCCUCAUGCCAUCCGCUCCCCCCGCCCCUACCCUCCGCGUGCCCGCUCCCUUGCCGCCUCUUUUGACCCUCCCUGCCCCCCCUCGCCGUUUCCCACCGCCCGCCAUUCGCUCCUCCCCGCCCGUGCGCUCCCCUCCUUUACCUUCUCCUCCCCCCUCCCCUCCUCUGCUGCACGCCUCUUCCUUCCCCUCGCCGACCCACUCCACUCCCUGCCCCUCCUCAAUCCGCACCCUGCCCCUCGUAUCUCGCCCCCCUAUGCUUGGUUUCUCCCCUCCCUGCCCCUCGCCGCCUUUCCCCGCUCCCCACCUCCCCCCUCUCCCUGCCCCCCCCCACUCUCCCCCCCCCUUGUCCUUGGCUUCCUACCUCCCUGCCUCACCUUUCCCCCCUCCGUGUGCUCAGCUUCUCCCCUCCCUGCCCCUCCCUCCUCCCCGCCCUGCCCCUCAUUUUCCGCCCCCCCCCCACGCCCGGUUUCUCCCCUCCCCGCGCCUCCCUUUCUUUCUCCGUGCCUCUCCUUUGCUCCCUCCCUGCCCCCGCCUGCCCAUGCCCCUGUCCUUGGCUUCUCCCCUCCCUGCCCCACGUUUCUUCCCUCCCUGCCCCCCGUCUGCCCCUCCCUUGUUCUCCCCUCACCCAUUGCUUCUCUCCUCCCUGCCCUUGAUUUCCCACACCCCUGCCCUCGUUUCCUAUCAUCCAUGCCCCUCGUUUCCCCCCUUUGUACGUUCAGCCUCUUCCCUCCCUGCCCCUCCCUUCCUCCCCCCCUGCCCUUUGCUCUCCCCUCGUUACGCUCCCUUCUCCCCAUCCCUGCUGCCCUCUUACCACCAUCAGCCCAUCCCCACGACCAGCCCCCCUCCCACCCUUCAAUCCCCCCCUCCCUCCCUCUCUCUCUCUCUCUCUCUCUUUCUCUCACACACACACACACGCACACUCCCCUCCCCCACCCCCCCCCACCUACAUCCUCCCAUUCUGCCCCUCCCUGCCCCUUUCCCACCCCCUCGCACGCCCCUCACCUCCCACCUCCGUGCAACUGGUUUCCCCCCUAUGGUGCCACCCUUGCAUCGCUCGCCCCUCUGCUCACCCUCUGCCCGCCCCUUUUCCGUGCCCUCAGUUGGCCCAGCCCCUGCCCGUUGCUGCCCCUCCCCUUGCCCCCUCAACUCCCCUGCCCCCCGUACACCCCAAGUCCCAUCCAACCGCCCCCACCCUCCCCCGGCUGCCCGUUUCCGCUCUCCACCCCCGCGACCGUGUGCGGCUUCCAACCGCCCAACGGUGGUGCGCACGGGGCGUUUCUUCGCACGGGCAAGCCUCCCCGGGGGCCCCCCACCCCGCUGGGUCGUUGUUUGGGCAAAAAAAACGAAAAUGAAAGAAUCGGACGCGCUAAAAUCGUCCUUUCUUUUUCCCGCUUGCCCCUCCCCCGGCACGUGCCGAGCAAGGGGCAUAAAUGGUCACACCCCCUGCCCCCUCAUGCCAUCCGCUCCCCCCGCCCCUACCCUCCGCGUGCCCGCUCCCUUGCCGCCUCUUUUGACCCUCCCUGCCCCCCCUCGCCGUUUCCCACCGCCCGCCAUUCGCUCCUCCCCGCCCGUGCGCUCCCCUCCUUUACCUUCUCCUCCCCCCUCCCCUCCUCUGCUGCACGCCUCUUCCUUCCCCUCGCCGACCCACUCCACUCCCUGCCCCUCCUCAAUCCGCACCCUGCCCCUCGUAUCUCGCCCCCCUAUGCUUGGUUUCUCCCCUCCCUGCCCCUCGCCGCCUUUCCCCGCUCCCCACCUCCCCCCUCUCCCUGCCCCCCCCCACUCUCCCCCCCCUUGUCCUUGGCUUCCUACCUCCCUGCCUCACCUUUCCCCCCUCCGUGUGCUCAGCUUCUCCCCUCCCUGCCCCUCCCUCCUCCCCGCCCUGCCCCUCAUUUUCCGCCCCCCCCCCACGCCCGGUUUCUCCCCUCCCCGCGCCUCCCUUUCUUUCUCCGUGCCUCUCCUUUGCUCCCUCCCUGCCCCCGCCUGCCCAUGCCCCUGUCCUUGGCUUCUCCCCUCCCUGCCCCACGUUUCUUCCCUCCCUGCCCCCCGUCUGCCCCUCCCUUGUUCUCCCCUCACCCAUUGCUUCUCUCCUCCCUGCCCUUGAUUUCCCACACCCCUGCCCUCGUUUCCUAUCAUCCAUGCCCCUCGUUUCCCCCCUUUGUACGUUCAGCCUCUUCCCUCCCUGCCCCUCCCUUCCUCCCCCCCUGCCCUUUGCUCUCCCCUCGUUACGCUCCCUUCUCCCCAUCCCUGCUGCCCUCUUACCACCAUCAGCCCAUCCCCACGACCAGCCCCCCUCCCACCCUUCAAUCCCCCCCUCCCUCCCUCUCUCUCUCUCUCUCUCUUUCUCUCACACACACACACACGCACACUCCCCUCCCCCACCCCCCCCCACCUACAUCCUCCCAUUCUGCCCCUCCCUGCCCCUUUCCCACCCCCUCGCACGCCCCUCACCUCCCACCUCCGUGCAACUGGUUUCCCCCCUAUGGUGCCACCCUUGCAUCGCUCGCCCCUCUGCUCACCCUCUGCCCGCCCCUUUUCCGUGCCCUCAGUUGGCCCAGCCCCUGCCCGUUGCUGCCCCUCCCCUUGCCCCCUCAACUCCCCUGCCCCCCGUACACCCCAAGUCCCAUCCAACCGCCCCCACCCUCCCCCGGCUGCCCGUUUCCGCUCUCCACCCCCGCGACCGUGUGCGGCUUCCAACCGCCCAACGGUGGUGCGCACGGGGCUCACACCCCCUGCCCCCUCAUGCCAUCCGCUCCCCCCGCCCCUACCCUCCGCGUGCCCGCUCCCUUGCCGCCUCUUUUGACCCUCCCUGCCCCCCCUCGCCGUUUCCCACCGCCCGCCAUUCGCUCCUCCCCGCCCGUGCGCUCCCCUCCUUUACCUUCUCCUCCCCCCUCCCCUCCUCUGCUGCACGCCUCUUCCUUCCCCUCGCCGACCCACUCCACUCCCUGCCCCUCCUCAAUCCGCACCCUGCCCCUCGUAUCUCGCCCCCCUAUGCUUGGUUUCUCCCCUCCCUGCCCCUCGCCGCCUUUCCCCGCUCCCCACCUCCCCCCUCUCCCUGCCCCCCCCACUCCCCCCCCUUGUCCUUGGCUUCCUACCUCCCUGCCUCACCUUUCCCCCCUCCGUGUGCUCAGCUUCUCCCCUCCCUGCCCCUCCCUCCUCCCCGCCCUGCCCCUCAUUUUCCGCCCCCCCCCACGCCCGGUUUCUCCCCUCCCCGCGCCUCCCUUUCUUUCUCCGUGCCUCUCCUUUGCUCCCUCCCUGCCCCCGCCUGCCCAUGCCCCUGUCCUUGGCUUCUCCCCUCCCUGCCCCACGUUUCUUCCCUCCCUGCCCCCCGUCUGCCCCUCCCUUGUUCUCCCCUCACCCAUUGCUUCUCUCCUCCCUGCCCUUGAUUUCCCACACCCCUGCCCUCGUUUCCUAUCAUCCAUGCCCCUCGUUUCCCCCCUUUGUACGUUCAGCCUCUUCCCUCCCUGCCCCUCCCUUCCUCCCCCCCUGCCCUUUGCUCUCCCCUCGUUACGCUCCCUUCUCCCCAUCCCUGCUGCCCUCUUACCACCAUCAGCCCAUCCCCACGACCAGCCCCCCUCCCACCCUUCAAUCCCCCCCUCCCUCCCUCUCUCUCUCUCUCUCUCUUUCUCUCACACACACACACACGCACACUCCCCUCCCCCACCCCCCCCACCUACAUCCUCCCAUUCUGCCCCUCCCUGCCCCUUUCCCACCCCCUCGCACGCCCCUCACCUCCCACCUCCGUGCAACUGGUUUCCCCCCUAUGGUGCCACCCUUGCAUCGCUCGCCCCUCUGCUCACCCUCUGCCCGCCCCUUUUCCGUGCCCUCAGUUGGCCCAGCCCCUGCCCGUUGCUGCCCCUCCCCUUGCCCCCUCAACUCCCCUGCCCCCCGUACACCCCAAGUCCCAUCCAACCGCCCCCACCCUCCCCCGGCUGCCCGUUUCCGCUCUCCACCCCCGCGACCGUGUGCGGCUUCCAACCGCCCAACGGUGGUGCGCACGGGGCUCACACCCCCUGCCCCCUCAUGCCAUCCGCUCCCCCCGCCCCUACCCUCCGCGUGCCCGCUCCCUUGCCGCCUCUUUUGACCCUCCCUGCCCCCCCUCGCCGUUUCCCACCGCCCGCCAUUCGCUCCUCCCCGCCCGUGCGCUCCCCUCCUUUACCUUCUCCUCCCCCCUCCCCUCCUCUGCUGCACGCCUCUUCCUUCCCCUCGCCGACCCACUCCACUCCCUGCCCCUCCUCAAUCCGCACCCUGCCCCUCGUAUCUCGCCCCCCUAUGCUUGGUUUCUCCCCUCCCUGCCCCUCGCCGCCUUUCCCCGCUCCCCACCUCCCCCUCUCCCUGCCCCCCCCCACUCUCCCCCCCCUUGUCCUUGGCUUCCUACCUCCCUGCCUCACCUUUCCCCCCUCCGUGUGCUCAGCUUCUCCCCUCCCUGCCCCUCCCUCCUCCCCGCCCUGCCCCUCAUUUUCCGCCCCCCCCCCACGCCCGGUUUCUCCCCUCCCCGCGCCUCCCUUUCUUUCUCCGUGCCUCUCCUUUGCUCCCUCCCUGCCCCCGCCUGCCCAUGCCCCUGUCCUUGGCUUCUCCCCUCCCUGCCCCACGUUUCUUCCCUCCCUGCCCCCCGUCUGCCCCUCCCUUGUUCUCCCCUCACCCAUUGCUUCUCUCCUCCCUGCCCUUGAUUUCCCACACCCCUGCCCUCGUUUCCUAUCAUCCAUGCCCCUCCCCCUGCCCGUUGCUGCCCCUCCCCUUGCCCCCUCAACUCCCCUGCCCCCCGUACACCCCAAGUCCCAUCCAACCGCCCCCACCCUCCCCCGGCUGCCCGUUUCCGCUCUCCACCCCCGCGACCGUGUGCGGCUUCCAACCGCCCAACGGUGGUGCGCACGGGGCUCACACCCCCUGCCCCCUCAUGCCAUCCGCUCCCCCCGCCCCUACCCUCCGCGUGCCCGCUCCCUUGCCGCCUCUUUUGACCCUCCCUGCCCCCCCUCGCCGUUUCCCACCGCCCGCCAUUCGCUCCUCCCCGCCCGUGCGCUCCCCCUCCUUUACCUUCUCCUCCCCCCCUCCCCUCCUCUGCUGCACGCCUCUUCCUUCCCCUCGCCGACCCACUCCACUCCCUGCCCCUCCUCAAUCCGCACCCUGCCCUCGUAUCUCGCCCCCCUAUGCUUGGUUUCUCCCCUCCCUGCCCCUCGCCGCCUUUCCCCGCUCCCCACCUCCCCCCUCUCCCUGCCCCCCCCCACUCUCCCCCCCCUUGUCCUUGGCUUCCUACCUCCCUGCCUCACCUUUCCCCCCUCCGUGUGCUCAGCUUCUCCCCUCCCUGCCCCUCCCUCCUCCCCGCCCUGCCCCUCAUUUUCCGCCCCCCCCCCCACGCCCGGUUUCUCCCCUCCCCGCGCCUCCCUUUCUUUCUCCGUGCCUCUCCUUUGCUCCCUCCCUGCCCCCGCCUGCCCAUGCCCCUGUCUUGGCUUCUCCCCUCCCUGCCCCACGUUUCUUCCCUCCCUGCCCCCCGUCUGCCCCUCCCUUGUUCUCCCCUCACCCAUUGCUUCUCUCCUCCCUGCCCUUGAUUUCCCACACCCCUGCCCUCGUUUCCUAUCAUCCAUGCCCCUCCCCCUGCCCGUUGCUGCCCCUCCCCUUGCCCCCUCAACUCCCCUGCCCCCCGUACACCCCAAGUCCCAUCCAACCGCCCCCACCCUCCCCCGGCUGCCCGUUUCCGCUCUCCACCCCCGCGACCGUGUGCGGCUUCCAACCGCCCAACGGUGGUGCGCACGGGGCUCACACCCCCUGCCCCCUCAUGCCAUCCGCUCCCCCCGCCCCUACCCUCCGCGUGCCCGCUCCCUUGCCGCCUCUUUUGACCCUCCCUGCCCCCCCCUCGCCGUUUCCCACCGCCCGCCAUUCGCUCCUCCCCGCCCGUGCGCUCCCCUCCUUUACCUUCUCCUCCCUCCUCCCCUCCUCUGCUGCACGCCUCUUCCUUCCCCUCGCCGACCCACUCCACUCCCUGCCCCUCCUCAAUCCGCACCCUGCCCCUCGUAUCUCGCCCCCCUAUGCUUGGUUUCUCCCCUCCCUGCCCCUCGCCGCCUUUCCCCGCUCCCCACCUCCCCCCUCUCCCUGCCCCCCCCACUCUCCCCCCCUUGUCCUUGGCUUCCUACCUCCCUGCCUCACCUUUCCCCCCUCCGUGUGCUCAGCUUCUCCCCUCCCUGCCCCUCCCUCCUCCCCGCCCUGCCCCUCAUUUUCCGCCCCCCCCCCCACGCCCGGUUUCUCCCCUCCCCGCGCCUCCCUUUCUUUCUCCGUGCCUCUCCUUUGCUCCCUCCCUGCCCCCGCCUGCCCAUGCCCCUGUCCUUGGCUUCUCCCCUCCCUGCCCCACGUUUCUUCCCUCCCUGCCCCCCGUCUGCCCCUCCCUUGUUCUCCCCUCACCCAUUGCUUCUCUCCUCCCUGCCCUUGAUUUCCCACACCCCUGCCCUCGUUUCCUAUCAUCCAUGCCCCUCGUUUCCCCCCUUUGUACGUUCAGCCUCUUCCCUCCCUGCCCCUCCCUUCCUCCCCCCCUGCCCUUUGCUCUCCCCUCGUUACGCUCCCUUCUCCCCAUCCCUGCUGCCCUCUUACCACCAUCAGCCCAUCCCCACGACCAGCCCCCCUCCCACCCUUCAAUCCCCCCCUCCCUCCCUCUCUCUCUCUCUCUCUCUCUUUCUCUCACACACACACACACGCACACUCCCCUCCCCCACCCCCCCCACCUACAUCCUCCCAUUCUGCCCCUCCCUGCCCCUUUCCCACCCCCUCGCACGCCCCUCACCUCCCACCUCCGUGCAACUGGUUUCCCCCCUAUGGUGCCACCCUUGCAUCGCUCGCCCCUCUGCUCACCCUCUGCCCGCCCCUUUUCCGUGCCCUCAGUUGGCCCAGCCCCUGCCCGUUGCUGCCCCUCCCCUUGCCCCCUCAACUCCCCUGCCCCCGUACACCCCAAGUCCCAUCCAACCGCCCCCACCCCUCCCCCGGCUGCCCGUUUCCGCUCUCCACCCCCGCGACCUCAACACCCCCUGCCCCCUCAUGCCAUCCGCUCCCCCCGCCCCUACCCUCCGCGUGCCCCGCUCCCUUGCCGCCUCUUUGACCCUCCCUGCCCCCCCCCUCGCCGUUCUCCCACCGCCCGCCAUUCGCUCCUCCCCGCCCUGUGCGCUCCCCUCCUUUACCUUCUCCUCCCCCUCCCCUCCUCUGCUGCACGCCUCUUCCUUCCCCUCGCCGACCCACUCCACUCCCUGCCCCUCCUCAAUCCGCACCCUGCCCCUCGUAUCUCGCCCCCCUAUGCUUGGUUUCUCCCCUCCCUGCCCCUCGCCGCCUUUCCCCGCUCCCCACCUCCCCCCUCUCCCUGCCCCCCCCCACUCUCCCCCCCCUUGUCCUUGGCUUCCUACCUCCCUGCCUCACCUUUCCCCCCUCCGUGUGCUCAGCUUCUCCCCUCCCUGCCCCUCCCUCCUCCCCGCCCUGCCCCUCAUUUUCCGCCCCCCCCCCCACGCCCGGUUUCUCCCCUCCCCGCGCCUCCCUUUCUUUCUCCGUGCCUCUCCUUUGCUCCCUCCCUGCCCCCGCCUGCCCAUGCCCCUGUCCUUGGCUUCUCCCCUCCCUGCCCCACGUUUCUUCCCUCCCUGCCCCCCGUCUGCCCCUCCCUUGUUCUCCCCUCACCCAUUGCUUCUCUCCUCCCUGCCCUUGAUUUCCCACACCCCUGCCCUCGUUUCCUAUCAUCCAUGCCCCUCGUUUCCCCCCUUUGUACGUUCAGCCUCUUCCCUCCCUGCCCCUCCCUUCCUCCCCCCCUGCCCUUUGCUCUCCCCUCGUUACGCUCCCUUCUCCCCAUCCCUGCUGCCCUCUUACCACCAUCAGCCCAUCCCCACGACCAGCCCCCCUCCCACCCUUCAAUCCCCCCCUCCCUCCCUCUCUCUCUCUCUCUCUCUCUUUCUCUCACACACACACACACGCACACUCCCCUCCCCCACCCCCCCCACCUACAUCCUCCCAUUCUGCCCCUCCCUGCCCCUUUCCCACCCCCUCGCACGCCCCUCACCUCCCACCUCCGUGCAACUGGUUUCCCCCCUAUGGUGCCACCCUUGCAUCGCUCGCCCCUCUGCUCACCCUCUGCCCGCCCCUUUUCCGUGCCCUCAGUUGGCCCAGCCCCUGCCCGUUGCUGCCCCUCCCCUUGCCCCCUCAACUCCCCUGCCCCCCGUACACCCCAAGUCCCAUCCAACCGCCCCCACCCUCCCCCGGCUGCCCGUUUCCGCUCUCCACCCCCGCGACCGUGUGCGGCUUCCAACCGCCCAACGGUGUCACACCCCCUGCCCCCUCAUGCCAUCCGCUCCCCCCGCCCCUACCCUCCGCGUGCCCGCUCCCUUGCCGCCUCUUUUGACCCUCCCUGCCCCCCCUCGCCGUUUCCCACCGCCCGCCAUUCGCUCCUCCCCGCCCGUGCGCUCCCCUCCUUUACCUUCUCCUCCCCCCUCCCCUCCCUCUGCUGCACGCCUCUUCCUUCCCCUCGCCGACCCACUCCACUCCCUGCCCCUCCUCAAUCCGCACCCUGCCCCUCGUAUCUCGCCCCCCUAUGCUUGCUUCUCCCCUCCCUGCCCCUCCCUCCUCCCCGCCCUGCCCCUCAUUUUCCGCCCCCCCCCCACGCCCGGUUUCUCCCCUCCCCGCGCCUCCCUUUCUUUCUCCGUGCCUCUCCUUUGCUCCCUCCCUGCCCCCGCCUGCCCAUGCCCCUGUCCUUGGCUUCUCCCUCCCUGCCCCACGUUUCUUCCCUCCCUGCCCCCCGUCUGCCCCUCCCUUGUUCUCCCCUCACCCAUUGCUUCUCUCCUCCCUGCCCUUGAUUUCCCACACCCCUGCCCUCGUUUCCUAUCAUCCAUGCCCCUCGUUUCCCCCCUUUGUACGUUCAGCCUCUUCCCUCCCUGCCCCUCCCUUCCUCCCCCCCUGCCCUUUGCUCUCCCCUCGUUACGCUCCCUUCUCCCCAUCCCUGCUGCCCUCUUACCACCAUCAGCCCAUCCCCACGACCAGCCCCCCUCCCACCCUUCAAUCCCCCCCCUCCCUCCCUCUCUCUCUCUCUCUCUCUUUCUCUCACACACACACACACGCACACUCCCCUCCCCCACCCCCCCCCCACCUACAUCCUCCCAUUCUGCCCCUCCCUGCCCCUUUCCCACCCCCUCGCACGCCCCUCACCUCCCACCUCCGUGCAACUGGUUUCCCCCCUAUGGUGCCACCCUUGCAUCGCUCGCCCCUCUGCUCACCCUCUGCCCGCCCCUUUUCCGUGCCCUCAGUUGGCCCAGCCCCUGCCCGUUGCUGCCCCUCCCCUUGCCCCCUCAACUCCCCUGCCCCCCGUACACCCCAAGUCCCAUCCAACCGCCCCCACCCUCCCCCGGCUGCCCGUUUCCGCUCUCCACCCCCGCGACCGUGUGCGGCUUCCAACCGCCCAACGGUGGUGCGCACGGGGCGUUUCUUCGCACGGGCAAGCCUCCCCGGGGGCCCCCCACCCCGCUGGGUCGUUUCACACCCCCUGCCCCCUCAUGCCAUCCGCUCCCCCCGCCCCUACCCUCGCGUGCCCGCUCCCUUGCCGCCUCUUUUGACCCUCCCCUGCCCCCCCUCGCCGUUUCCCACCGCCCGCCAUUCGCUCCUCCCCCGCCCGUGCGCUCCCCUCCUUUACCUUCUCCUCCCCCCUCCCCUCCUCUGCUGCACGCCUCUUCCUUCCCCUCGCCGACCCACUCCACUCCCUGCCCCUCCUCAAUCCGCACCCUGCCCCUCGUAUCUCGCCCCCCUAUGCUUGGUUUCUCCCCUCCCUGCCCCUCGCCGCCUUUCCCCGCUCCCCACCUCCCCCCUCUCCCUGCCCCCCCCCACUCUCCCCCCCCUUGUCCUUGGCUUCCUACCUCCCUGCCUCACCUUUCCCCCCUCCGUGUGCUCAGCUUCUCCCCUCCCUGCCCCUCCCUCCUCCCCGCCCUGCCCCUCAUUUUCCGCCCCCCCCCCACGCCCGGUUUCUCCCCUCCCCGCGCCUCCCUUUCUUUCUCCGUGCCUCUCCUUUGCUCCCUCCCUGCCCCCGCCUGCCCAUGCCCCUGUCCUUGGCUUCUCCCCUCCCUGCCCCACGUUUCUUCCCUCCCUGCCCCCCGUCUGCCCCCUCCCUUGUUCUCCCCUCACCCAUUGCUUCUCUCCUCCCUGCCCUUGAUUCCCACACCCCUGCCCUCGUUUCCUAUCAUCCAUGCCCCUCGUUUCCCCCCUUUGUACGUUCAGCCUCUUCCCUCCCUGCCCCUCCCUUCCUCCCCCCCUGCCCUUUGCUCUCCCCUCGUUACGCUCCCUUCUCCCCAUCCCUGCUGCCCUCUUACCACCAUCAGCCCAUCCCCACGACCAGCCCCCCUCCCACCCUUCAAUCCCCCCCUCCCUCCCUCUCUCUCUCUCUCUCUCUUUCUCUCACACACACACACACGCACACUCCCCUCCCCCACCCCCCCCACCUACAUCCUCCCAUUCUGCCCCUCCCUGCCCCUUUCCCACCCCUCGCACGCCCCUCACCUCCCACCUCCGUGCAACUGGUUUUCCCCCCUAUGGUGCCACCCUUGCAUCGCUCGCCCCUCUGCUCACCCUCUGCCCGCCCCUUUUCCGUGCCCUCAGUUGGCCCAGCCCCUGCCCGUUGCUGCCCCUCCCCUUGCCCCCUCAACUCCCCUGCCCCCCGUACACCCCAAGUCCCAUCCAACCGCCCCCACCCUCCCCCGGCUGCCCGUUUCCGCUCUCCACCCCCGCGACCGUGUGCGGCUUCCAACCGCCCAACGGUGGUGCGCACGGGGCUCAACACCCCCUGCCCCCUCAUGCCAUCCGCUCCCCCCCGCCCCUACCCUCCGCGUGGCCCGCUCCCUUGCCGCCUCUUUUGACCCUCCCUGCCCCCCCUCGCCCUUUCCCACCGCCCGCCAUUUCGCUCCUCCCCCGCCCGUGCGCUCCCCUCCUUUACCUUCUCCUCCCCCCUCCCCUCCUCUGCUGCACGCCUCUUCCUUCCCCUCGCCGACCCACUCCACCUCCCUGCCCCUCCUCAAUCCGCACCCUGCCCCUCGUAUCUCGCCCCCCUAUGCUUGCUUCUCCCCCUCCCUGCCCCUCCCUCCUCCCCGCCCUGCCCCUCAUUUUCCGCCCCCCCCCACGCCCGGUUUCUCCCCUCCCCGCGACUCCCUUUCUUUCUCCGUGCCCUCUCCUUUGCUCCCUCCCUGCCCCCGCCUGCCCAUGCCCUGUCCUUGGCCUUCUCCCCUCCCUGCCCCACGUUUCUUCCCUCCCUGCCCCCCGUCUGCCCCUCCCUUGUUCUCCCCUCACCCAUUGCUUCUCUCCUCCCUGCCCUUGAUUUCCCACACCCCUGCCCUCGUUUCCUAUCAUCCAUGCCCCUCGUUUCCCCCCUUUUGUACGUUCAGCCUCUUCCCUCCCUGCCCCUCCCUUCCUCCCCCCCUGCCCUUUGCUCUCCCCUCGUUACGCUCCCUUCUCCCCAUCCCUGCUGCCCUCUUACCACCAUCAGCCCAUCCCCACGACCAGCCCCCCUCCCACCCUUCAAUCCCCCCCUCCCUCCCUCUCCUCUCUCUCUCUCUCUUUCUCUCACACACACACACACGCACACUCCCCUCCCCCACCCCCCCCACCUACAUCCUCCCAUUCUGCCCCUCCCUGCCCCUUUCCCACCCCCUCGCACGCCCCUCACCUCCCACCUCCGUGCAACUGGUUUCCCCCCUAUGGUGCCACCCUUGCAUCGCUCGCCCCUCUGCUCACCCUCUGCCCGCCCCUUUUCCGUGCCCUCAGUUGGCCCAGCCCCCUCCCGUUGCUGCCCCUCCCCUUGCCCCCUCAACUCCCCUGCCCCCCGUACACCCCAAGUCCCAUCCAACCGCCCCCACCCUCCCCCGGCUGCCCGUUUCCGCUCUCCACCCCCGCGACCGUGUGCGGCUUCCAACCGCCCAACGGUGGUGCGCACGGGGCGUUUCUUCGCACGGGCAAGCCUCCCCGGGGGCCCCCCACCCCCGCUGGGGUCGUUGUUUGGGCAAAAAAAACGAAAAUGAAAGAAUCGGACGCGCUAAAAUCGUCCUUUCUUUUUCCCCGCUUGCCCCUCCCCCGGCACGUGCCGAGCAAGGGGCAUAA